CCUUGUGCAUUGCUCUUCUGGACCAGGAAAUUAUUGCAAUAAAAAUUUAUUAUUCACCAGCCCAGGACUUUGACUCUUUUCCCGAGAACCGACCUGUCAAGCUUAUUACAUUUUAACAUAUUCAAAUGGAAUAUUUUUAUACCAAUGCAUAGCCUAAAUCAAUAACAUGGAAAACGAUCCCCAAAUUCAAGGAACAGAAGAAAAACGGAGAUCUGUUUGAAUACUGGAGGUCUAGCACGUUUUCCUAACUUCAGCAACAUUUCAGCCUUUUUUGCAGUUAUAAUCCUUUUUUAUCUUAACACUUCGUAUGCUUUCACGCGGUUUUAUCACCCGUAUUCCCUUCACCUUUGUAUUUUGCUGGGUCAGACGAUGGUGACGACACCACCCCCACCCACCUGCGUCGAUUCCUUUCGUCCUCACACAGGUAGCGGUGAAAGUACACCUGCCUAAACGUACCUGUACCUACCCGUAACGACAGAACGAGUAGGCUACUAGGCGGAAUAUUUCGAGGUUUAUGGAUUUGAAAACAGAUCCCAAAUGAUCCUUUGAAAGAAAGAGCAAAAGCUGGAAGGUGAAACUUUAUUUUGACUCUUUUUUUUGUCGACAUGGAAACUAGACUUCGGGGACUAGGUCGCUGUUCCUGUGCCUUUUGGCUCGCGGUCGCCUUUGAUACUUUAGGGCUGAUCAUUCUCAUGAUCGGAGUGUUCGCGGAUCUGUUUUUCUACGACUUUCUUAUCUACGCCGGCGCUAUCAUAAUCUUCCUGAGCCUGAUCUGGUGGGUAUUCUGGUACACGGGGAACAUCGAGGUACCGCCGGAGGAACUUGAGGAUGACGUGGGUUUGCUGAAACGGGACAGGGGUAUCGCCGGUGUCAUAAGGCGCCUGUCCAGUCGUCUGUCCUACAGAGUAAGAAAUUCCUUCCGAAGGAACGGCGGGGUCCACAGCCGCGGCGGGGACCGUGAUGCCAUGCCCCAACAGCCAAUGCAAGCCCAGGGGCAAGCACCAGUGACGCUUCCCAUGGCUCAGUGCGACAACCUGCACACAGUAUCAGCCGCUGUGGACGGCGAACCGGCACCCAUCUCCACUACGGAAACCUCGGCCAUAUGACCCACGAAAGUUGAAGUGGAGAUGCGCGAUUACGUGGAACACUGACACCGCACGCAGGCUGUUGUCGUCGAAAUCCGGUCUAUUUCUCUACAGUUUACAAGAGAUUUCUACUUCUGCAACGCAAAGGAAGAUUGUCUACAUUAUUGUGGAAUGGACCAAAUUUUAUUCAGAUUUCUGUCCAUUUUGUUAGUUGUAUUGCGUCAUAGUAAAUUGUGAAUAGCCUAAUUCAGGAUCAUUUUUGCACAUUUGCAGUUUUUGUACAUGUAAUUUUUGUACAUAUGAAGGAGAAAAAUAAAAUGAAAUUGUAUUGUUUUA